UGGUGGUGCAAACCAUCGAAACUGGUAAGCCAGUAUUAACGGUAGUGCCACAUAAAUGGGUUUGCGGAAAUACUCUUUUGUGGCCCAACAAGCAAGCAAACGAGCUCCGUAAAAAUGCAGCAUCAACACCAUCGCCUUCGUGGAUAAAAAUGUCUUGCUCGAUCAAGCGUAAAUUUAUCCCUACAUUCUCUGAGGCUGAGCAAGAGGCUGACGAUCUUUCUGGCCAAUCUACGGAUGCAUCGGACUUUGUUGUCAAGCGCAGAAAAACUGCCAAAACAGCCUCGAUUAAAAAACCGCUUGAUCUGAAUCAUAUGAUAAAUGACAAUCAAGUAUUGGAGCAAGCAACACAGUCUGUCGCACAGAAACAUCCUUCGAAUGUUGUGUCCACUGAUCCGCGUGUAUCCGUUGUCGCCCAGCCAGUCGAACAGAUUUACUGUCAUCCGGAUAUGAAUAAUUUGCUGGAAAAAACUCAAGGACCUGGGCUGAUUUCCCAAUCUGCACCUAUAACAGAUGCGUCCAACACAUUAGUGGCGCCGAUGGAUACAAUGGUGACGGAAGGAUACGUUGUAAACAUUCAGCAGCCCGAUGCAGACAGAAUCAUCAGAGAAGUUUCGGAUAAGAUCGAACAGGUCUGUACAAGAGUGGCUACAGAGGCGACUAACUCAGUACUUGGCUCAAUCCAAGUAAUGUUGGCUAAAACAUCAGCAAUGUUGGAGAUGAAAAUAGAUGCUGUUUCUCGCAGUAAUACAUGUUUGCAUGAUCAAGAGCCAUCGUCGUCUUUCCAGUUUUCUCCAGUGACAACUAUUGAAGGGCUGGACAAUCUGGAAGAAAAUCUGGAAAAUGAUGUGUACGCCAAACAGUUGUUUGCAUACAUGAAAAGGAUAAUUGGACAUAGUGGCGAUGAUUGUAAUGGACUCAAUAUUGCUUAUGGUCUGGUUGAUCACAUCUUCGACAGGAAGUUAAUGCUUGUCUGUUCUUGGACUGGAGAAAGUAAAGGAGAAACCACUAAGUAUCCUUUAAAGAAAUGUGUCAAUAUUCUUGACCUUUUCUUUAAACUAAUUCGUAGCGUGAAUAACACAUUUUCGCGUUUACUUCUUGAGGACUUUUUCAAGAGAGUAACGAGAAACUCAAAGAAACGGAGCGAGGCAAAAGGGAAGCGGCAAUCCUCAGUUCAUCGUAGAGCAAAGACAAAGGCGGCUCGAAAAUACCAUGGAAGUGAUAAGCAUGUUCUGGAUGAACAUCAGCAUCCUACAGCAGUUAUUGAACCGGAACAAGUGCUUACAGCCAACAACAUUGAAGGAGAAAUGGAAUCAGAAUCGAUCUCAGAACAUGAAUAUGAGGAAGAUUCAUAUGACUUCAACGAUGAAUAAUUUGAGUGAUUUGUUGAUUAGUAAUCUUUUACUACUUCUGAUGAGAUGCGAACAACAUAAGUGAAUAAUUUGAUUUUUCUAACAUGUUUUCUUAAAUAUAUCAUUUGUUUUUAUUGAAUACUUAUAAAAUUACUAUUAGAUAGAACCUUAAUCAUAUUUCUGACGCUGUAAGUGUUUAUCGAAAUGAUAUUUCAUUAUUUCGGAAAAGUGUGUAAUAGAGGAAUAAAAACGUAGCUGUUCAGCUUGUAGGAGAUUACUACAAAUUUACAUAAAAUAUCUUCCACUUUGAAUGUUUGCGCAAUUUUUGAACCAGAUAUUUGAGCUUUGUAAAUGUGCAAAAAAGAAGAUCGAAUAGGUAGCUCAAAAAAGUCAGUCUGAUUAGCCAACGCUUUUCCGUGUAUCAAGAUACUAUUAUCUGAAUCAACUGUAGCGUCAAUCAUUUGAACAAUUUCAA